UUUUCAAAUGUGUUACAAAUGAAAAACAAAAACAAUAUAAAACAGAAUACGAUAACGAACAAAAAGCAAAAAAAUCGGCAACAGUUGUCGAUCCGAAAAAGGAACAACAGCCACAGACGAAAAACAAAAGUCCGGAUAAUCUUAAUCUUACAACAUUGGAGAGCAUGGAUUCAGCAUUUCGACCUAGAAGUACACAAGAAGAAUUUUUAUCAAAAAAUCUUAUGAGUGUUAUACCGGCGCCAGGUGAUGAAACCAUAGUGACUAAAACAUAUAAAUAAAUCAUUAUUCCCGCCAUUUGGAUUCGAAAAUUUCAUCAUUACCGUAAUUUACGUAUUUUAUGAACAGUACAUCUUUAAAGGUCAAGAAUUCAGUUUUUCAUAUAAACUCGAUCAAAAUAUUCUUUGAGCUGCCAAUUAUUUUGAAAAUUGUUGUUUAAUUUUUUUUUUUGUAAUAAAAAUUUAAUGUCUAAAACUUUAUCAAUAUUUUCUUUCAUAAUACGUCGUAGUAUAAAUUUGUCUUCCACGAUGUCUGCCGAUCUUAGUGAUAUGCGAAAACCUUAUUGUGAUAAAUCUCAAGCUCUUACAGAUGAAAAUAUCUUAUCAGAUCCAUUCGAGCUUUUCCAUCAAUGGUUUGAAAAUGCCAAACAAAAUGCUGGUAAACAUACUGAAAUCAAUGCUGUAUGUUUGUCGACUUCAUAUCAGAACAAACCAUCUUCCAGAAUGGUACUUUUGAAAGGAUAUGAUCCUGAUCAUGGAUUUCGAAUAUUCACCAAUUAUGAAAGUCGAAAAGGAAGUGAAAUUGAACAAAAUUCAAAUGUUGCUUUGCUGUUUUAUUGGGAAUAUCCACAACGCCAAAUUCGUAUUGAAGGACAAGCUCGUAGAGUUCCCGAGAGUAUAUCCGAUCAAUAUUUCAAUGCUCGACCAAAGCUAUCUCGAAUCAGUGCCAUUGUUAGCCAACAAUCAAAGAAAGUGGAUUCCAGAGAAACACUGCUAAAAAGACAAGAAGAAGAGGAAAAACGAUGGACUGAUUGUGAUGUGAUUCCUAGACCGAAUUUUUGGGGUGGUUAUUUCAUUAGUCCCGAACGAUUUGAAUUUUGGCAAGGACAAAGUGAUCGAUUACAUGAUCGUUUUAUUUUCGAAAAAUCUGAUCAAAAAACAUGGUUUCAUUAUCGAAUUCAACCAUAAUCAUCAUAUUUUAGCACUAAACAAAAUACUCGUUUUUAUUUGAACAUUGAUUUUUAUUGAACAAAAUGACAGCUCUUUCCAUUUAUUAUUGUGUUCCAUAAAGAAAUUAACAUUUUUUUUUCUUUAUUCAUUUCCAAUCGAUAAGAUAAAUUUUACGUGUAACUGGUGGUGCCAAAUAAAUUCUCAUUCCAUUAUA